CAUUUAUCAUCUGAUUGAGUGUCCGCCAAUGAACACAAAGAAGAAGAAGCAGCGGGAGCAAACGAAGAAGAAGAAAGUACAGUGGCGCUAUCAGCUAGCUCGGCAGGUUACGUCGAGGAAAUUCUCUGAGUUGUCUCUCUUCAUCACACUGCCUCUGCUUCAUAUCUGUACAAGCACUGUGGGAUUGUUGGGGUUUUAGCUCUCUACUUGACCUGCCAACAUGCCAGCCGCACUUACAGAUUCCAGUCAGAUAAUCUGUGAGGUCUGGGCGAGCAAUGUGGAGGACGAAAUGAGGAAGAUCAGGCAGAUUAUCCAAAGCUAUAAUUACAUUGCCAUGGACACAGAAUUCCCUGGAGUCGUCGUCCGACCGAUUGGCGAGUUUCGCAGCACAGUGGACUACCAGUACCAGCUGCUGAGGUGUAACGUCGACCUCCUGAAGAUCAUCCAGCUCGGGCUCACGUUCAUGAAUGAGGAUGGAGACUAUCCCCCCGGCACGACGACGUGGCAGUUCAACUUCAAAUUCAACCUCACAGAAGACAUGUACUCACAGGACUCCAUAGACCUGCUCCAGAACUCCGGCCUCCAGUUUAAAAAACACGAAGAAGAAGGAAUCGACACACUCUACUUUGCUGAGCUCCUCAUGACAUCUGGUCUGGUCCUGUGUGAAAAUGUGAAGUGGCUCUCCUUUCACAGUGGCUAUGACUUUGGGUAUCUGGUGAAGCUCCUGACAGACGCACGGCUCCCUGAGGAGGAACACGACUUCUUCCAGAUCCUCAACCUGUUCUUCCCUGCAAUCUACGACGUCAAAUACUUGAUGAAAAGCUGCAAGAACUUAAAGGGGGGACUCCAGGAAGUGGCGGACCAGCUGGAGCUGAAGAGGAUCGGGCGGCAGCAUCAGGCUGGAUCAGACUCGUUGCUCACUGGCAUGGCGUUCUUCAGGAUGAAAGAGCUUUUCUUUGAAGACAACAUUGACGACGCAAAGUAUUGUGGGAGAUUGUACGGCUUGGGUUCGGGCUCCAGCCAACCCCAGAACGGCAUCUCCAGCUCGGGCCAGGAGGAGACAAACAACAAGCACUGACCGAGCGCUCGACUUUUCAAGUGGAAUUCGCACUUGUUUUAAAACCCAACCAGCAGAUUUCCCCCCUGAUCUCCCUCAGCACUCAAUCCCUGAACAAGACAAAAGUAAAUAUUUCUUUAAAUUUCCCUCCUGAGUGACUGUAAACUGGACUCACAGUGACAGUGGAUGCCUCACUGGCUCACACGUUUCUUUUUAAGUCACUUUUACCGAGUAUAUGGCCAUAUAUUCAGAACACUUUUUAAAAAUCUUUUUCAUUUACAGCAUUAGUAACACCCUUCUUUUCAGCAUGGGACCAGCUCCUGUAUCACACUGUGAUUUCAGACCAAACUUUGACAAGACCAGUCAGAUUCCUCAGUUCAGACUAUUCUCCUCAUCAGCAGGACUUGUCUCUUGUUGCAGGGAUUUCUUUUUUUUUUAAGUUAAUGCUGGAAGGGCCUGUAAAUUAAAAUGUAUAAUUUUGAUGAGAAUAAAAAUGUUUUAGCUCUUUUCCACUUUCAGAAACUUUUAACAGUGUAUAACUGUGCUUGGUUAUGCAUGUGUUUCAAUGGGAAAACUACUACUGUUCUGUAUAUUCACUCACCAAACCAAACUGUCCACCGUCAGGUUUACAGAUGUUGUGGUUACUGUUGUUUUUACAUUCUACAUUGUUUUAAACAGUUGUAUAUUAAAUUGUUUUGUAUUUUGAAUGUAAAA